AUGGAAGAGACCAAAAGAGACACACUCGAGAAACAUGGACCACAUCCUACCGAAAGCGACGGUUGUGACGCAGAUGAGAAAACCGACUACCUUCUGCGAACAUUGGUAAACAUGUAUACACGCUUGCCUACCUCCCCAAUGUGGCAUGGCGCUCCUGCUCAUCUUAUCGUAUAUGCUCGGAAAACGAUCGAACGUGUCGUCAUGGCUCAAAUUCAUGCACUGGCUUUCUAUCCUAAUCUUGAUGCUGAUCGACAUCGUGACGAGUUAUUUUUCAAAUCGUUAGCGAAACUGGCUCGAUCAAUCCAUCCUAGUCAUCCCAUGCUGAAGAUCCCAACUGUGCUUCAUGGUGAAGCACCAUGGCCUUCAGCUCAAGCGGAGAUUAGUGUAAUUAACGCAUACAAAUCUGCGCGGGACAAGCUCUCUUGCGUUGUAAGGUGUUGUGAAACAAUAAGCAACCUGAUUGCAAUGGCGCCAAAUAUGGGAACAGCUGCUGCUGAUGACGUCACUCCCGUUCUCGUUUACGUUAUCAUCCAGGCCAAUCCUCCUUCGUUGCUUUCAAAUGUUCAGUACGUCCAAGGGUUUGGUGGACCACUACUCGAAGGAGCGGAAGGGUACUGGUGGACGCAGUUCACAGCUGCCAUCGAGUUUGUCAAAACUCUUCUAUGA